AUGAGUGACGAGUCUAGCUACAACUAUAACCCAUAUGGCUACUCUCCUUCCCGUUCGGCAGCGGCGGCCUUUAUAGGACUCUUUGGACUGUCUACUCUCCUUCAUCUUGGACAAACCCUAUUCCUGAGACGUCGGGUAUGGUGGACGCUGGUAUUCACAGUGGGAGGCAUCAUGGAGGUCCUGGGAUGGGUCGGACGUUUGCUCUCUUCAUUCGACCCGACGCAGCCCAGCCCGUAUCUCAUGCAGAUUAUCACCCUCAUUAUUGCACCAGCUUGGUUCAGUGCAGGGUGCUAUGCAGUCACUGGAGCUUUGAUUCACAGGAUUGGACAUGAGGGGACGUUGCUCAGUGCCAAGGCGUAUACAAUUCUCUUUGUUGCGUGUGAUUUGAUUAGCAUUGUCCUACAAGGCGUCGGGGGUGCCACUGCGGGAAAGGAAGCAGACAGAGGGGAAUCUCCAGAGAAAGGACGAGCUAUCAUGCUUGCCGGUAUCGUCUUUCAGCUGGUGGCUAUGAUCGUAUUCAUGGCACUCUCUGUCCAAUUCUAUCGUCGUCGCUGGAGAGACUUUACCAAGCCACAGCAAAGACUCGCCCAGGGCACGUUGUUCGCCUCACUUUGCAUCAUUGUCCGAGGAAUCUUUCGAACCGCCGAAUUGGGUGAAGGAUGGAAAGGAUUCCUCUUUGUGCACGAGGUCUUUACCAUAGAUCUCGACGGAUUCCCGAUCGUCCUCUGCAUGCUCGUCUUCAACUUGGUCCAUCCUGGAAACACACUGGAUGCUCAAGAAGCACGUUCGAAAGAGGUGGAGGAUACAAAUCAGACGGAGAUCGUCUGA